CCAUUUAAAUUAUGAAAUCUUGAAAAAAUAUAAAGAAGAGGUAGUCAUUUUAAUUGACGAAUUUGAUAGAUUCUUAAUUAGCUGCAAAGAUGCUGAAAAUGAGAUUGAUCAAAUAACAACACUUGCAAAAUGCAUAAAUGAUGGAGGAAUGGAAGGGAUCAAAUCAAUUGUUUUUGCUGGGAGUUUUUCGAUUACUGUUGUGCUUGGAGAUAGAAUUCCACAAACCAAACAAAGCAUUAGAAUAUCACAAAAUGAACAAGCUAAUGAAUACUUUCAGCAUCCUAGAGGAGUUCUCUCUUCAUUAAACUCGGCAAAAACAAUUGAGGCAUCGGAUUUUACCAAAGAACAGCACAUGUUAUUUUACCGUAAUAUCCAAGAAGAUAGAAAUGUACAUUUUAGUGAAGAAGUCGUGGAUGACAUUUUUAGUAUCACUAAUGGUUAUGCUGGCUUAGAAGGUCUGCUUGCAUCAUUGUGCAUUGAAUAUGCUAGCAAUGAGCAAAUCCUCGACUUUAAUACAUGGAACUAUCGCUUCACAGAAUUCAUUCGUAAUCCAACAAGGAAAAAGAUUAAUGCGGUUAACCAUGUUGAAAAAUAUCUUAGCGAAAAUGAUACAACUCAAACUUAUAAUCCUCUGAUCAAAGGCGCAAGAAAACUUCUAGAACGCUUCUUACAAAAGGGAACUCUACAAUCAUCAGAAAUCACUGAUGAGGAUUCAAUCCCCCUUCUGCAUCUACGUGCAAUUGGCAUUGUAAAGAGCUGUGAUGGCCAUUUGCUUGAGUUCACAUCUAACCUCGUUCUUGAUAUAUUGUCAAGCACGUAUUAUCCAUUCUAUAGAGAUUCCUUAGCAAGAAUCCAAAGUAUCAACACACCUUCAGACUUCUUGGAGAAAGCCUUGAGUCUUUUGAAGUACAUUCGUCAUGAUGUAAUUUUUCAUUCAUUGGCAUCCAAUCAUCACUCUUUUUCCGAACAAACAAUCCAAGGAGAGCUUUAUGCUCUCCUACGCAUGGCUAUGUCAUAUCCAACGUAUAAGGAAUAUGGGAUAGAAUGCAAGGUUAACAAAGUUUCUGAUACUGAAAUCAAAAGUACGACGGAUCAGGCUAUCGGGUAUACGAAAGGACGUGAAAAAGUGUGUUGUAUGUUUGUCUUCAACUUUGUGCCAUUAGACAAUAGACCAGAGAACUGUCAAUUCUUUUUUCCGAAUGUCGUCUACUUCGAAAUAGUUUAUAUUUUAUAUUCUAAAGAAUCUAAAAGUGCAAAAAUCUUUCGCAAUGGUAGGCAAGCAAAGGAAAUUCCUUUUGCAUCGAAUUAA